UUAAACCUAAUCGAAUAAGAAGCUAGUCUUGUCAAGCAAGCUAAACAUGUAAAAAUGACCCCGUCCUAACUAACCACAGUAUUUCCCUGAUUCAUACAAUUAGCUAGCAACCUAGUUAAGUGUUUUCUUGUUCCGUUGACGUUGUUUUAAAUUAACAUUUUAAUAGCAUUGGAGAUUUGGAACCACCACAACAGUUAACCGCUAACGUUAGCUAGCCUGGAACUUCUGUAACUGCAAGCAAGCCUGAUGUCUGCUGAGGCUUCCGCAGGGAGUGUGGCAGCUGCAUCCGUCCCUGCCACCCAGUCCCCUGGCCGGGGCAGCGAGGAGAAGGGGGUUGGAGGGGGUCUGGCGGGGAGUAAAUAUGUAAAGCUGAAUGUUGGGGGCUCCCUGCAUUACACCACGGUACAGACCCUGAGCAAAGAGGACAGCCUACUAAGGAGCAUGUGCAAUGGAGGAGCAGAGGUCACCAUAGAUUCGGAGGGCUGGGUAGUGUUGGACAGGUGUGGUCGCCAUUUUGGCUUGGUGCUGAACUUUAUGCGGGACGGCUCGGUACCGCUUCCGGAGUCCCACAGAGAGCUGGAGGAAGUUCUGAAGGAAGCUCAGUACUACAGGGUCCAAGGACUAGUCCAGCACUGCAUGUCUGCCAUGGAGAAACAAAGGAAUGUCUAUGAGGGGAUAUGCCGCAUUCCCAUGAUUACCUCAACCAAAGAAGAGCAGAGAAUGAUAACCACCUGCAGGAAGCCUGUAGUAAAACUACAGAACAACAGAGGGAACAACAAGUAUUCGUACACCAGUAACUCGGACGACAACCUGUUGAAAAACAUUGAGCUGUUUGAUAAACUGGGGCUGCGCUUCAACGGGCGCGUCCUGUUUGUCAAGGACGUGCUCGGGGACGAGAUCUGCUGCUGGUCCUUCUACGGUGAGGGACGCAAGAUCGCUGAGGUGUGCUGCACAUCCAUUGUCUACGCCACUGAGAAGAAACAGACCAAGGUGGAGUUUCCUGAAGCCCGCAUCUUUGAGGAGACGCUCAACAUCCUCAUCUAUGAGAAUGGGCGUGGUUCUGGCCCGGGAGGCGUGGCCCUUUUGGAGUCAUCUUCGCUGGUGGCCAGCCAAUCAGAGGAGGAGGGGGCCAGUGCAGGGGACCGAAGGGUGAGGAGGAUUCACGUGAGGAGGCACAUCAUGCAUGAUGAGAGAGGACACGGCCAACAGACUGUGUAUAAGGACUGAGAAAAAA